AACACCGAGGCGCCACAAUCCGCUAGCUCCGAGCAGGGCGGGGAGGUGCUUGCGGCUCCUCCACUGUCAGCGCCCGCCGCCCCUCCCAGCCUCACUUCCUCCCGCAGUCCUCGUUGCCGGAGAGGCUCCCGGAGCCCCGUGAUCCGCGCAGGGCCCGGCCGGCUGCCUCGCCCUGGACUCAGCCUGGAUGUAAAUCGGUGGGCAAUUCCCGGGACGUCCUAAGGGGCUUGGGCCCCAAGCCUGACUGGCCCCAGCCGCCAGGCCCACCCGGACCUGGGAGCUGGGAGGAAGGAGGGACCCCUCUCGGCUCCAUCUGUACAAGAGGUUCCAGCUGCCCAGAGCGACCUCCUUGCCUUGGGAUGACCUCACCCUCCAGCCCUCCAGCUUUCCGGCUGGAGACGUCAGAUGGAGGCCAAGAUGGUACUGAAGUGGACAAGGUGCAGCUGGGCUAUGGGGCGGGGCCGCCUCCCAUGGAGUCACCGUUCCAGGGCGAGGACCACAACUUCCCUCCUCAGAUCAAAGUGAACCUCAACUACAGAAAGGGUGCAGGUGCCAGCCAGCCAGACCCGAAUCGCUUUGACCGUGACCGGCUCUUCAACGUGGUUGCCCGGGGCGACCCCGAGGAUCUGGCCGGGCUACUAGAGUAUCUACGACGGACCAGCAAGUACCUCACCGACUCAGAGUACACAGAGGGCUCCACGGGGAAGACGUGCCUGAUGAAGGCAGUGCUGAAUCUUCGGGAUGGGGUGAACGCCUGCAUCCAGCCGCUGCUGGAGAUUGACAGGGACUCUGGCAAUCCCCGGCCCCUGGUGAACGCCCAGUGCACGGAUGAGUACUACCGAGGCCACAGCGCCCUGCACAUUGCCAUCGAGAAGAGGAGCCUGCAGUGCGUGAAGCUCCUGGUGGAGAACGGAGCCAAUGUGCACGCCAAGGCCUGUGGGCACUUCUUCCAGAAGAACCAAGACACCUGCUUCUAUUUUGGCGAGCUGCCCCUUUCUCUGGCCGCAUGCACCAAGCAGUGGGACGUGGUGAGCUACCUCCUGGAAAACCCGCACCAGCCCGCCAGCCUGCAGGCCCAGGACUCCCUGGGCAACACGGUACUGCACGCCCUGGUGAUGAUCGCCGACGACUCGGCCGAGAACAGCGCCCUGGUGGUCCGCAUGUACGACGGGCUGCUGCAGGUGGGGGCCCGCCUCUGCCCUACCGUGCAGCUGGAAGCCAUCCCCAACCUCGAGGGCCUCACACCCCUGAAGCUGGCCGCCAAGGAGGGCAAAAUCGAGAUUUUCAGGCACAUCUUGCAGCGGGAGUUCUCGGCACCGUGCCAGUCCCUUUCUCGAAAGUUCACCGAGUGGUGCUACGGGCCCGUCCGGGUGUCGCUGUACGACUUGUCCUCUGUGGACAGCUGGGAGGAGAACUCCGUGUUGGAGAUCAUCGCCUUUCAUUCCAGGAGCCCGCACCGCCACCGCAUGGUAGUUUUGGAACCUCUCAACAAGCUGCUGCAGGCGAAAUGGGAUCGGCUCAUCCCCAGGUUCUUCUUCAACUUCCUGUGUUACCUGGUCUACAUGCUCAUCUUCACCGCCGUGGCCUACCACCAGCCAGCCCUGGAGAAGCAGGGCUUCCCACCCUUGAAAGCCACUGCCGGGAACUCCAUGCUGCUUCUGGGCCACAUCCUGAUCCUGCUCGGGGGGGUCUACCUCCUCCUGGGACAGCUCUGGUAUUUCUGGCGCCGCCGCCUGUUCAUCUGGAUCUCCUUCAUGGACAGCUACUUUGAAAUCCUCUUCCUGCUCCAAGCCCUGCUCACGGUGCUGUCCCAAGUGCUGUGCUUCCUGGCCAUCGAUUGGUACCUGCCCCUGCUGGUGUCCUCGCUGGUGCUGGGCUGGCUGAACCUGCUGUACUACACACGUGGCUUCCAGCACACCGGCAUGUACAGCGUCAUGAUCCAGAAGGUCAUCCUGCGGGACCUGCUCCGCUUCCUUCUGGUCUACUUAGUCUUCCUUUUCGGCUUUGCUGUAGCCCUGGUGAGCCUGAGCCGGGAGGCCCAGAACUCUAGGAGCCCCGCAGGCCCCAACGCCACAGAGGUGGCCCAGCCUGGCGUGGGGCAGGAGGAUGAGGCACGCCCUUACCGCAGCAUCCUGGACGCCUCCUUGGAGCUCUUCAAGUUCACCAUAGGCAUGGGCGAGCUGGCCUUCCAGGAGCAGCUGCGCUUCCGCGGGAUGGUGCUGCUGCUGCUGCUGGCCUACGUGCUGCUCACCUACGUGCUGCUGCUCAACAUGCUCAUCGCCCUCAUGAGCGAGACCGUCAACAGCGUCGCCACCGACAGCUGGAGCAUCUGGAAGCUACAGAAAGCUAUCUCUGUCCUGGAGAUGGAGAACGGCUACUGGUGGUGCAGGAGGAAGAAGCAGCGGGCAGGCGUGAUGCUGACAGUGGGCACCAGGCCGGACGGCAGCCCUGAUGAGCGCUGGUGCUUUAGGGUGGAAGAAAUGAACUGGGCUACGUGGGAGCAGACGCUGCCGAGGACCCUGUGUGAGGAGCCAUCUGGGGCAGCAGCGCCUGGCGUGACGAAGAACCCCACUCUGGCCUCGCAGCGCGGGGAGGACAGUGCCUCGGAGGAAGGCCAUCUGCCCCUUCAGCUGCUCCAGUCCCGCUGAUGGCCCAGGCCAGCCGGAGGUCGGCAGGACCCAGAGGGAAUCUCUCCGGCCGCACCUCCUGAUCCUGGAGCCCCAGUGAACCUGGGCCGCAAAUAUAAACUUAUUUUUUUUUCACAACUGUGCCUUCUUGGAAACCUCAUUUGAACCCGGGGUGCUUGGGACCCUCAGGCUGGUGACGUCUGCAUGUCUGUGUCUGGGGCUAGGGUCCUCCCACCUCGCCUGGACACAGAGACCCUCAGCCGCCAGCCCCUGCCUCCUGCCCUCUUCCUAGGGGGCUGGCGCAGGUGCUGAGCGCGCCGUCAUGGCCGGGUCUGAUCUUGCCGUCUGCUAACUGUGGAAGCCACCUCCACGUUGUCUCCCAGACCUACUGCCUUCCUUGCAGUAGGUCUAGUUGAGGCGCCGGGCCUACUGCUCACUGUCCACCCCUCCAAGCCAUUCUCUUGCCUAAGACCCAAGACAAACAAGACCUCCCUCACCACC